UCUAACAUAUAGUUUGUUAGCUAGCUUACCUGUCCGCCGCGAAAGUGAGCAUUGGACUGCGCAGGGUGCAGAAGAGGGAAGAGGAAAGAGUGAAACCGCGAAAUGACGAGCAUUUCGUAUCUAACCAACACUCUGCUGCCACUGCACAUCCGAAGGUUUCGGCCUUCUCUAUCCACUCUCUCUUGCUCUCUGGCCUCAGAUGUGGACCCCGCUCCGAAUUCCUACUUCCCCAAGCGCGGCCAAACCCUCGAACUGGUGUGCGAGUCCCUUGCCUUCAAAGGGAAGGGCCUCUGCAAGGUCACCCAAACCGGCUUCGUUGUCCUCUGCGACCGCGCCCUUCCUGGCGAACACUUCAUCGGCCGCGUCACCCGCAAAAAAGGCAAUUACGCUGAGGUAACUAAGGUCAAGACCAUAACUCCUCCUCGUGACAUUGUCGAUGCUCCUUGUGUCUACGCUCCUUAUUGCGGCGGCUGCAAGACGCAAAACUUGUCCUACGAGGCUCAGCUCAGAGCCAAGGAGGAGCAGGUACGCGACUUGCUCAUUCACGUCGGAAAGUUUUCUCUCCAACAUCUCCAACUGCACGCCGUUCUGAAGCCCAUUGUUCCUUGUCGUAUUCAGUUUCAUUACAGGAAUAAGAUGGAAUUCUCGUUUGGUCCCCAAAGAUGGUUGCCUAAAGAAUCACUGCAAGACAGAAUCGUUGAUGAUGAUGCUAAUGAAAAUUAUGCGCUGGGCUUGCAUGCUCCGGGUUUCUUUGAUAAAAUUCUAAAUGUUGACAACUGCUUACUGCAAUCUCAUCCUGCUAAUAAGGUACUUGCAGCUGUCCAAGAAUGUUGGAGAGAUCCACAACUUGGUUUUUCUCCCUAUAAUGUUCAUUCGCACAAGGGAUUUCUUAAGCAUUUGAUGCUGAGAACGGGAAGGGAUGUAACAACUGAUCAGCCUGAAGUUAUGGUCAACUUUGUGACCUCUUCCUACAAGCCAGAGCUGUUGAAGUUCCUAGUUGAUAAAGUUUCCGUAUUUCCUGAAGUGGUAAGUGUCAUUAAUAAUGUAAAUACUUCUGUUGGCAACACAUCUGUUGGGGAGGAAGAAUACACUUUGUAUGGGAAAUCUAGCAUUACAGAGACCUUAAGAGGGCUUACAUUCCAAAUAUCAGCCAACUCUUUCUUUCAAACAAAUACUUAUCAGGCAGAGGUUUUAUACAAGCUUAUAGAAGAUUGUGCUGGAGUCAAGGGUGACGACUCAGAAAUUGUCCUUGACCUGUUUUGUGGAACAGGCACCAUAGGUCUGACGCUUGCAAGAAGUGUUAGGCAUGUUUAUGGCUAUGAAGUAGUUCCUCAAGCCAUCACAGAUGCUCGUCUUAAUGCCAAGAUAAAUGGAAUACAAAAUGCAACAUUUGUCCAGGGAGAUCUCAAUAAAAUUGAUGAGAAUUUUGGGAAGAAUUUUCCUAAACCUGACAUUGUCAUUUCAGAUCCCAAUCGCCCAGGAAUGCACAUUAAGUUGAUUAAAUUCCUGCUAAAUCUUAGGGCACCUCGCAUAGUGUAUGUCUCUUGCAAUCCUGCCACAUGUGCACGCGACCUUGAUUAUCUUUGUCAUGGUGUGGAAGAAAAGAAUAUAGAAGGAUGUUACAAGCUAAUAAGCUUACAGCCAGUUGACAUGUUCCCACACACCCCUCAUAUUGAGUGUGUUUGCCUUCUGGAGCUUCAGUAAUCUGUGAUCAAUUAAAACGUUCCAUUUCAAGGGGAUUACAAGCUUAAUACAAGAUGCAACUCAAGGUUGGGUCUUCAAGGUGAUUGAUAGGAAAACUCAUACUUUUAUGCUGCAAAGUGUGCCUAAUGCUUUGCCUACCCAAAACUACUGCAUCAGUGUACAAAUACAAGAUCAUUAUGAAUGGUGGUAACAUUGGCAAGCAUGCAGGGAUCACAUCGUUGCAACCUUGUAAAAGUUUCUCAUACAUUUCCAUUUAUGCAGAGCCCAAAAGGUUUUGGAUUUAUGCAGAGCCCAAAAGUAUUCAGCGUGCAUAUAAAUAGAUCAUAUUCUUCUCUUCAUUUCUUUAUCUUUAGAAAGAAGACCAAGUGCUAAUUUUGUGGCUCUGUAUGAAAAAAAAUGUACUGACUGGGGUAUGCUUUCAAGUAAUUUUGCAUUGUGUAUUUGUACUGUUAUUAGUCCUGUGAAAAGGGGGAGAGAGACCAAGAAUGACAUUGGAAGUUAUCAAAAGGGAUAUCAGUGAAUAAUAUAUUUAGGGAUUUUUUCUUUAACCAAGCCUAAUAGUGCCGUGUGAUCCAAGUAGCUGAUUUUACCUAAUGAGAUAAUAAUUUUUUUUGUUGUA